AUGUUUGCGGUCGUCUUCUUCUUCACUGUCGUGGUGACCCUGAGCCUCAGCCUGCUCGUGGUCGUCGUCACUCUCGAGGUGAAGCAGCUCGCGCAGGAGGCGGCGCUGCUCGUCUCCACCAACGCGGCGGUAGCCCGCGCCUUCUAUUGCUCUGCGCUCUUCCUCCUCGUCCUGUAUGUCGGCCUCCCCAAGCGGGUGCUGCAGCAGCCGCCGGGCGAGGACCAUGAGAGUCAGGAGCGCAUGCUUGCCUGUAUUGACAUCGAGGACCGGAGUGUCCUCGAAUCAGCGCAGGACUUUGGCACGGUGAUGGUCAUCUUCGCAUGUGCCAUCGCCAUCGUGCACUGUCGAAUCAAGCAGGCUUACGCGCCGCAGGCGCGAGCAGACUGCGCGCUGCUGACGGGCAGCCGGCACGUUGAAGGCGUCGCCCUCAUCACCUCCGCUGCACUUCUCUUCGGCAUCCUCGCGGCUGUUGUUAAGUCGGUCGCGCUGCCCACUCUGCUCAAGAUGCAGAUCCGCUCUCUGCUUGAGUGGCUGAUCUGCCUCGCCGCCGCCGCCUUCUGCCGCGAGACGCGCCGAAGAGGCGGAGACACUGGCGCGGCGAUGCGCGUCUACGACAACAGCGGGGCGGAGGCUCGGCCGUCGACCUUUGCCAAGUGUGGCGGCGGCGAGGGCGGCGAGAGGGAGGCCUGGGCGAAGCUGCUAUUUGGGCCGCGGGAGCUGUCUGGUUGGUUGGUGCUGCGCGCUUUUCUCUACUGGGUCUUCCUCUGCUGCUGGUGGCUGGCGCUGGAGGCGAUGCCCCUCGGCGAUGCGACGACGGUCGUCUACAUCGCGCCCGUCUUCACAGCGCUGUUCGCGCGCCUAUUCUUGGCGGAGCGCACGGGCGCCUAG